CAAGGAACGAAGACAACAUCAAAUAUCCGACAUCUAUAUCAACACCCAGCUAGACAACUGCGAUAGGAAGAAUAUAUAGGAACCGUUCGUGACUGCCCGGUUAUACGAUAUCGCAUCACAUCCCUGUCCACGCCUGGCAGAAUGACUCUGAGAUGACCGCGUUUCCUCCACACGUCUCUUGGCCGGGCGCAUUGCUCUCCCUCUUCACUCGGUUCUUUUGCGAGUUGACGCUUCACUCGUGAGCUUAACAGCUAUUCACAUUUAGCGCUUCUCCUCUGCGCCUCUUGGGCGAUCUCCUAUUCACCAUGGCCCAGACGCAACCUCAGCAAUUUGCUGCACAGGCCUUCUCCCCGCCUGCCUCCACUCCGUCCCCAUCUCCUGGAGCCCCGUCUCCCGUCAGCGGCAUUGCCCCUCCUCCGAAACGACAACGCCUCUCACCUUUACCUCAGACUCACUCUCCCUACGCAUCUCCUAGCUUUGGCACAUUACAGCUGCCUCGUACAGGAAGCCCAGGUAGCGGCAACUUUGCCAACGGUACCUCCACUCCAACCAUGGCUGCCCCUCCGCCUCCAGGAGUUAUGGGACCACCAUCAAGGCCCGUCGAGAAAGCCACCGAUACAGCUGAACUAACCGAUGUUUUGGCUUCAUCUGGCAUCGAUGUGAGAGAAGAGGAGGAAUAUUUGACCCACGCAUAUGGACAGGCUCCCACGAAGCAACCGCCGCGGAUCCAAACGAAUUUCAACAACUCCUUUGCCUCCCAACCGUCUGCUGGUAGAGUCUCCGCAGGAACCAGCUUUGUCGGCUCAACGCUGCAGAAACCAACGCCCACGCAGAGUGCAUUUCCUGUUCGUACAUCAAAUACUGCGGAACCCGCCACCGUACAAACGCCCGAGGCUACCGCCGAAGAUGAAAAGCUACGCAAAGAUACUGCAGCAAGCAGGCGUACACAAUACCCGCUGCAGGCGCCUUUUCUAUUCACGGCAAUGGUGGAAGAUCGAAUACAAAAGCGAGCCUAUGACCUUGGAGUGCGGAUGCCGGCACAAGGCGUUUAUCGUCCGUUCCCAGGCCGCGCUGCUGGCCCGGUCGAGGUGACAGGUCCGGAUGGUUCUUCAGUGAUACGUACCGGCAAAACACUUUUGACCCAAGAUGCUCCACUUGGCGACAUUCUGUCUUUGAUAUCUCUGGCCUGUGAAGAACGGCUUCGCUCUGUGGUCGAUCAUUCUUACUCGAUUGCAAACAACCGACGUGCAAAUUCUCACGGCGCUGUUCCAUUAGAAUGGAGCGACGUCGCAGUUACAUUAACACCCCCUGGUGAAAAGGUGGAGGGCCCGUCGGGCAGAGAGACGGCUGCUAACACACUAACUCCUAAACGUCCUCUAUCGGACACCUCAAAGAGUGAUGAACCUCCAAACAAGAACCAGAUCACAGUAGCCAAUAUCAUCGCGAAACGGAGCCGCAGCCUAAUCGAAAAGGACAUGUCACAUGAAGAACGACGGGCUCGUAAACGAGCUAGAAGGAGUGCUGACGCGAUCCUAGGCGGUGAUUCCAAUAGAGCGGACUCUGUUGGAGCUACCACCCCCGGCGCCGCCACACCCACUGUUCUAGCCAGUGAACGUGCUCCGGAUGACCGCAAAACCACAAAAAAGGACUUGAAAAAGGCCGACUCCAAGGUGACAGAAGCCGUGCAGCAUCAGCAGUCCGUCGAAACGGCGCGGAUGGCCACGAACAGCCUGACGUCGGGUGUCAGAUUUGGCGGGAAAAAGAAAACCUAUAGCUGGCUAACCAGUGGAUCUCCUGCAACAUCGCGGAGUGGUUUUUCCACGCCACCAAGGAUCAGUGCUGCUGGUGCCGUUCCAGGCGCGUCUGCUGCAAAACCUAGUGGCGGUAGCGCUGGAGGAGCUAGUAAACCCGUGGCUAAAAAGAUGGGAGAUUGGCGAGAGGAUGACAAGGAGCGUGGAGCCGGGAUCCAGAUUAGGGACAUCCUUUUCGUGUUGGAGGUGGACGGGAAGGGCACGAAGCAUCUACAAAAGGCUUACUCGAAGGAAUCCAAAGAGGAUACGGACAGACCGGUGCUGUAGUAGCCUUAUUAAAGUCUAACCCCGCAAAUUGAAGAAGUGGCAUGUUGAGAGCAAGGAGAAUUACGGAGCACAGGCCUCUUUGGUUAACCCUUGGUUGUCUCGUCUCAUUCUAACUCCAUUCCCCAGGUUGUUUGGCUGAGGCCGGUUUUUUUUCUUCCUUCUUUUCCAGUUUUACACAUGGAUGGGUUAGUUUAUUAUUAAUUACCUUAUGUUUUAUUAGUUUAAUCCAUCUGCAGUUGCAUAAAUAUGUACUGCUCUGCAUGAAAGUGGCAUCAAAAAAUUGCUACAGUUCUGAUAUUCUCCCUAUUUACUUUGUUCUACGAGCACUAUCAAGCAUAGCUCAUCUCUUUCUCAGCUGUAGAUUUGUCAUUUUUCCACCUCCGUUUUAAUUCAUUCUCCACGGGUUCUUCUCCAGGCGGACACAGUGUCCAUACAGAUAAUAUGGCCCUAUCCAUGGCUAUUACUGGUCGCCAUUCUGAAGAUUAAUGGCUGUUUCCGCUUUAUCUUCUUCCCUAACUAUUUCGCUA